AUGUCGAUCCCGUCGGACGUUGCUACGACGUUGAACCAUUUGCUUGAAGCAUUAAAGUCGGCUGACAAUUCUGUGAGAUCUGCCGCUGAGAAGUCGCUUGAUUCUGAGUGGAGAACAAAGGAUAAUGUCGGUACAUUAUUGCUUUUUCUUGCCCAAACCGCCGUUGGCGGUGGUGACGAAAUGACAAAGUCUUUUUCUGCGGUCUUAUUCAGACGAGUCGCUAUAAGAUCUCCAAAGGAGUUGAGUAGCAUCUCUGAUAGAACGAUCGGUGUUUUGGACGAGUCACUCAGACAACCUAUCAGGACAAUCUUACUUCAGGGGUUUGCCUCUGAACAGCCUAGCCAAGUGAGAAGAAAACUUGCGGAUGCAAUCUCUGAGGUUGCUAAGGAAGACAGCUCCCCUAAAGGAACAUGGCCUGAUCUCGUUCCUGCUAUAUUGCAAGCAGCACACAACCCGGAUGCUAGCUUCCGUGAGUCUGCUUUCCGUAUUCUUUCAGCCUCGCCUGAUAUUAUCGAAAAAGAGUAUAUCAAUGAGAUCUUACCUAUUUUCAAUAGUGGUUUCGCUGAUGCUGAUGAUGAUGUUCGGAUUGCCGCCUGUACAGCAUUUGUUUCCUUCUUCAGAGAACUUCCCAAACGGAUAUGGCAAACUAUGACUCCUUUGUUGCCUAAUUUGUUGAACUCGUUGCCUAUGUUUUUGCAAAAUGGCCAAGAUCAAGCCCUUGCGAAUGUUUUGGAAUCUUUGAUUGACCUUGUUGAUUUGGCUCCUAAAAUGUUUAAGGAAAUGUUCCCUACAAUCAUCGAAUUUUGCUCUACGGUUGCAAAGAACACGGAUUUGGCAUCUGAGACAAGGUUGGGUGCAUUGGAGCUUUUGACCACAUUUUCUGAGGUUUCUCCAGCUAUGUGCAAACAGGCUCCUAACUAUACUUCCACUAUGGUGUUAGUGAACUUAUCUAUGUUGACGGAAGUGGGUCAAGAUGACGAUGAUGCGGCUGAAUGGAAUAACGAAGACAGCACCGAGGAUGAUGAUGCAGAACCAGAGUAUGAUGCGGCCAGGCAAUCUUUGGAUAGGGUUUCUUUGAAGUUAGGUGGGCAGGCACUUGCUGCACCAUUGUUCCAGUAUCUUCCUGGCAUGAUUCAAUCUUCUAAUUGGCGUGAAUGUUUUGCAGCAUUGAUGGCCUUAUCAUCAGCUGCCGAAGGUUGUGUUGACGUUUUAAUCACAGAAAUUCCAAAAUUAUUGGACAUGAUCUUGCCUACUUUAGAUCAUCCACAUGCGAGAGUUCAAUAUGCGUGUUGCAAUGCCUUAGGUCAAAUGUCUACCGACUUUGCUGAUAUUAUUCAAAAAAUUGCUGGUGACAGAAUUUUGCCGGCAUUGAUUUCUAAGCUCACUUCCAAAUCUGUUCCUCGUGUGCAAGCACAUGCAGCUGCUGCAUUGGUCAACUUCUCGGAAGCUGCCUCGAAAGAAAUUUUGGAACCUUAUUUGGACAGCUUGUUGAAUAACCUUUUGGGCUUAUUGCAAUCUCCAAAGAGGUACGUACAAGAACAAGUUCUCACCACUAUUGCAAUAAUUGCUGAUGCCGCCGAACAAAAGUUCAUUAAGUAUCACAAUACGUUACUUCCUAUGUUGAUUGGAUUUUUGAAGACUGACAUGGGUCCUGAAAACAGGUUGUUGACAGCAAAAUGCAUUGAAUGUGCUACUUUGAUUGCGUUGGCGGUCGGAAAAGACAACUUUGCUCCUCAUAGUCAGGAAUUGAUCCAAAUUCUUGGAAAGAUUCAAGAAACUGUUGUGGAAAUUGAUGACCCUGUCAAACCCUAUUUGGAGCAAGGUUGGGGCAGAAUUUGCAAGAUCAUUGGUGAUGACUUUGUUCCAUUCUUGCCAGCAGUUUUACCUCCAUUGUUGACCGCGGCAAAGGCUGCUCAAGACAUUUCUUUGUUGGAAGAAGACGAGGCAGAAGAGUAUAGUAAUAACGAUGAGUGGGACGUUAUUAACUUGUCAGGGAAACUCAUUGCCGUGCACACUGCAGCUUUGGAUGAUAAGGUCUCGGCGAUGGAUUUGUUGAGAAUUUACGCGACACAGUUGAAGGGCCUGUUCCUUCCUUGGGUGAAGGAGACUGUUCAAGACAUUGCCAUUCCUGCUCUUGACUUUUAUUUGCAUGAUGGUGUUCGUGCCUCUGCAGCAUUGACUCUUGCAGCAUUGUUGAAGAGCACCAUUUAUGCCACGUCUAGCAGCUCAGCCGAAACAUUGACUAUUUGGUCUCAGAUUUGUAAUAAAUUGGUUGAAGUGUUGACUAACGAGCCGGUGCCGGAGCUUCUAGUUGCUUACUACACUUCUAUAGUUGAGUGUCUAACUGCAUUGGGACCAAAUGCGUUGUCUCCUGAGCAAUUGCUGGCCCUCGCUGCUUCUAUCAAUGUGAACUUGACAGAAAUUUAUGAACGUAUCAAACAAAGAGAUAAUGAGGAUGAUGAGUACAAGGAGGAUGUCGAUGAGAGUGAGGAAGAGUACACAGACGAAGAGCUUCUCGACGAGAUCAACAAGGUUAUUUCCGCUAUCUUCAAGAGCGUCAAGAGCAACUUCUUGCCUCAGUUUCAGACACAAAUUUUGCCUCUUGCAUCUACCUUUAUGGCUGAUGAAAACACAAACGUCAAAUUCUGUGGUCUAUGCAUCAUUUGUGAUGUCUUAGAGUAUUGCGGUUCGGCAUUUGAUCAAACGGAGUACCUCAAUUACAUCAUCUCAGAAUGUUUGACUGCUCCUCAAGCUAAUAUUCGCCAACCUGCGGCUUACGCGAUAGGCAUGGCUGCGGAGCAUGGUGGUUCAGUGUAUGCUCAGUUGUGCAUGAACACAUUGCCUACACUUUUUGAAGUUGCUACAUUCCCUGAUGCCAGAGCAGAAGAAAAUAUCAGUGCUACAGAAAAUUGCACAGCAGCUAUUGCAAAAAUUUGCAGAAAUUGCGGUUCCUCAAGCCCCAACUUGGACACGGUUCUUCGCCAGUGGGUGAACUUAUUACCUAUUGUUCAAGACAGUGAAGCUGCGAUGUCUUCAUACGACUUCCUUAGUGACUUGAUACAAGGCAAUCAUGCUGCAGUUACCGAACAAGCCCCAAAAGUUGUGGAGUCAGUUUUACAAGCUCUCUCAAGUAAGUCAAUCUCUGGCCCUGUUGCUGAAAAGACAGUUGCUGCAACUAGAGCGCUCUUAUCUAACAUGCCACAACAGACUGCUGUAUCGUUGUUGCAGAAUUUCUCAGAUGUCGGCGUUGUCAAGAAAUGGUUUUCCUGA